AUGGCGAGCCACGAGCUGGUCCUUGGGCGCGGGCAGGACGCGGAGCUGGCGCUGGGACCGAACCACCACGACUUCGGCCAGGACCACGGGCUGGGUCUCGGCCACACGCACGACCUCGACCUCGGCGGCCACGCGCACGACCACGAGCUCGUCCUGGGCCAGUCGCACGAGCACGACCACCAGCUCGUCCUCGGGCACCACCACAAUGACGACCACCAGCUGGUCCUCGGGCACGACCAUCACCACCACCACCACGGCCACCACGCCGGCGAGCUGGCUCUGAGGCAGGGCCAUGAGGGGGACUCUGGGGCACUGGAACUGGAAGUGCAGGGCCACCGCCAUGAGGAGCUUGACUUGUCGGAGAGUCACGAGCUGACACUUGCCGAGACGCACCACCUGGGUGUUGAUCAGAAUCUCGACCAGCUCUCGCUCGAGCAGGCUCAUGAGCUCGCGCUGCAGCCACACGAUCUCUCCCAGGGUCCUCUUGCUGUCGCUCCUGUUGUCCAGUCACGGACCAUGGUUGUGAGCCCUGAGUUUCAGCUCACAGUGGGGCAGGAGUUUCCAGACGUUAUGAGCUGCCGCAGGGCCAUCCGCAACACAGCCAUCGCCUGCCAUUUUGAGAUACAGACAGUGAAGUCUGACAAGUCCCGGUUCACUGCUAAGUGUGCUGCCGAGGGCUGUCCGUGGCGCAUACAUGCAGCAAAGCUCCCCGGUGUGCCCACCUUCUCCAUCAGAACCAUACAUGACAACCACAGCUGUGUGGGGAUCAACCAUCUUGGUCAUCAGCAGGCAUCUGUUCAGUGGGUUGCAAACACUGUCAAAGAGAGGCUACGUGAGAACCCACAAUGCAAGCCCAAGGAAAUUUUGGAAGAAAUCCACAAGGCCCAUGGGAUCACCCUAUCCUACAAACAAGCUUGGAGAGGUAAGGAGCGGAUCAUGGCUACGGUUCGAGGGUCUUUUGAGGAAGGAUACCGUCUCUUGCCGGAGUACUGUAGACAGGUGGAAAGAACAAACCCAGGAAGUAUAGCUCGAGUGUACGGAAACCCAGAUGACAAUUGCUUUCGGCGACUCUUCAUAUCAUUCAAUGCAUCAAUAUUUGGUUUCGUCAAUGCAUGCAGGCCACUUAUUGGGCUUGAUAGGACCCUUCUGAAAAACAAGUAUCUUGGCACCUUGUUUCUUGCCACUAGUUUUGAUGGGGAUGGUGCUCUCUUUCCUUUGGCAUUUGGCGUGGUUGAUGAGGAAACUGAUGAGAACUGGGUAUGGUUCUUGUCUGAGUUACAUGAGUUGCUGGAGAAGAACACAGAGAACAUGCCAAGGCUCACCAUCCUGUCAGAUAGACGGAAGGGCAUUACUGAUGGAGUUGAAUUCAACUUCCCAACUGCAUUCCAUGGGUACUGUAUGCGUCAUGUUAGUGAAACCUUCAAAAAGGAGUUCAACAAUCCAGUGCUUGUCAACUUUCUCUGGGAAGCUGCUCAUGCACUGACUGUGAUAGAGUUUGAAACUAAGCUGCUGGAGAUAGAGGACACGUCAUCAGAAGCUGUUGUCUGGAUAAGGCACCUGCCUCCACGUCUUUGGGCCACGGCUUACUUUGAGGGGACAAGGUACGGUCAUCUAACAGCAAACAUCACGGAGUCACUAAAUUCCUGGAUACUGGAUGCCUCUGGCCUUCCUAUAAUUCAGAUGAUGGAAUGCAUCCGUCGCCAGCUGAUGACUUGGUUCAACGAGCGUCGUGAAGCUAGCAUGCAGUGGAACACAAUCCUCGUGCCCGCAGCCGAGCGUCGUGUGCAAGAGGCCAUCGAGCGUGCACGGGGCUACCAGGUGGCCCGAGCCAACGAGGCGGAAUUCGAGGUCAUCUCAGCUCACGAGGGAACAAACAUUGUGGACAUUCGCAACAGGUGCUGUUUGUGCCGUGGGUGGCAGCUCUAUGGCGUCCCAUGUGCCCAUGGUGUGGCGGCGCUCCUCUCCUGUAGGCAGAACGUCCACCGCUACACCGAGAGCUGCUUCACGGUGGCAACAUACCGCAAGACAUACUCGCAGACCAUACACCCGAUCCCAGACAAGACCCUCUGGAAUGAAACGGCAGAUCAUGAAACAGCAGAUCAUGAAACAGCAGAUCAAGGACAGGCUGACGAGAUCAAGGCGCAGAUGAUCAUCAACCCUCCGAAGUCACUGAGGCCCCCAGGACGGCCAAGGAAGAAGAGGGUACGAGUGGAGGACCGCGGGCGAGUCAAGCGGGUCGUUCACUGCAGCCGCUGCAACCAGACUGGACACUUCAGAACCACAUGUGCUGCUCCAAUAUGA